AGUAUGAGAGGUGAAUACGGAGAUUACGGAGUCUCAAGUUAGUUUCCGCGGUGUUUGGAGAGCGAUCAAUUUCUUCCGUGCAUUCUUAUUUUUUAGAAACUAAACGGAAUACACAAAACCUUGCGUGUGUAUAAAAUUUUAUAAUUCAACCGGUUGCUACAUGGCGUGCCACAGUUUGGCACUGUCACCAAGUAAAAAUCAAUGGUUUAGUUUUGUUUGUAAACUACUUUAACCUCAAAGCUCUGCAUGGUGUUACUAUAAAUUUACGUUCAAUAGAUUCUCAGUGUUGUUUGAAAAAACUGUGUUCGUAGUAAUUUACCAAAUAUAGUUUUCGAUAACUUGUAUAAUGAGUGGACAUACGAAUAUGGACAGUUCGAGCAGCGAAUCUGGUGAUCUCGGUGCUGGUGAAAUCAAGAAUGAAAACAAAACCGAACGAAAGGAGAAGAAACCAGCCGACAUGAAGGAAAUUGCCAUUAGUUUUGCCAAGAAGGGGGCAUUAUUCUUUCUUGGAUACUUAAUAUGUUACUUAAACUUUUCUCUGACACUGCCAAUCCUCACCAUAUGUACCUUAGUGUAUUUCGAGACACAAACUUCACAAAUAACCAAAAAAAUAUCGAGCAAAUCGAAGGCGAGUUCAUACACAAAGAAGGAUCUGUUAAAAGUGGUAGAUGAAUUGCCGUCUUGGGUAACCUUUCCUGAUAGAGAACGAGCUGAGUGGCUGAAUGAGAUUAUUGGACAACUAUGGCCUAGCAUUUCCCUUUAUGUGAUAAAAUUGUGCAGAACAAAAUUGCAAGCGAAAAUUAAAAAGAAAUUCGAUUCCUUUAGAUUUGAAGAUAUCGAUUUUGGAGUUACGCCUCCAAAAAUUGAUGGCGUAAAAGUUUACAAUAAAACUAUUACUAAGGAUGCUAUAAUUAUAGAUUUCGACGUAUACUACGAUGGCGACUGUGAUAUCAAAUUUUCCUUAUCUGGAACACAAAUUGGUUGUAUUAAGGAUUUUCAAGUUGGAGCCGAGUUGAGAUUAGUGUUAAAGCCCUUAAUGGUGAAAAUGCCGAUUGUUGGUGGAAUACAAAUAUUUUUCUUAAAUACGCCCGACAUUAAUUUUGAGUUGGAAGGAAUCUCUGGAAUUCCAGGAUUUAGCUACUUUAUUCGGCAGAAAAUUGAAGAACGAAUUAAAAAGAAGUUAGUCUUUCCAAAUAAGAUUACUAAACGAUUUUCAAAAUCUGUGGAAGCUGCUGAACUUAAAUCACUUGAACCUGCUGGUGUUUUGAGGGUUCACGUUUUUGAAGCUAAAGACUUGGAAAGAAAAGAUGUAACUGGAAAAUCAGACCCCUACGUUGUUCUAACUGUUGGCGCACAAGAAUGCAAGACUCCCGUCAUCAAACGAGAACUGAAUCCAAAGUGGGACUAUUGGUGUGAGUUUGUUAUUUUGGAUCCAUUGGGCCAACAUCUCCAUUUUAAAAUGUUUGAUCAAGACGAUUUGAACGAAGAUGAUUUUAUGGGAAGCGGCAUUGCAGAAAUUCAUGCCGUCAUUAAGGAAGGAGAAAAUGACAAAUGGUUUAAUUUAGAUAAUGCUAAACAUGGCAAAAUUCAUUUAAGAUUUACUUGGUUAGGAUUAUCUGCUGACAGAGGAGAUCUUCAUGCGGCCUCCCAAGAAACAAAAUUAUUAAAGGUGGCAGACAUUAGUACAGCUCUGCUUACCAUAUAUUUAGAUACAGCACAAGAUCUUCCGAGAGUGAAGUCUAAAAAACCGGAUCCGUACGCUGUCUUGACAGUGGGCAGAAAUCAACAAAAAAGUAAAGUAAAAAAACACACUUGUGAUCCCAUGUGGGAACAAGGGUUUUCAUUGUGUGUACCAAACCCUGACAACGACUCUCUUAACGUGUCAAUUCUAGACAAAGAAAGUGACUCAAAAUUAGGUCAACUAACCUACCACAUUUCCGAUUUGUUCCGAGCCCCUGAUCUACAACUUAGUAAAGAAGAAUUUAAGUUGGUCAAUUCUACUGGAAAGCUAAUAUUGUCUCUUCAACUUAGGAUCUUGACACAUGAUAAAUUUGAAUGUGAGGAUAGUGAAUCUGAUUCGGAAAAUGAAGCAGGUGAAAUUUCAAGAGAAUCUUCUUUGCGAUCAUCGUCCAGAAUGCAAAGAUCAAUAUCUACCUCAAGUAAUACUACUCCUCCUCCAAAAACACCUACCCAACCAGAAACUCCAAUUUUCGAGCGUGAGGUUGACGAAUUCGUGAGGAAAGAAUCUGUUAGAGCUUCACAGACGUCAGUUAAGAGUUCCAGUUUUAGAAUAAAACCAGAACUGGGGCAACUGGAGGUAUCACUAUUUUACAGCGCACCUAGACAAAAACUUAUUGUGACGGUUCAUAGACUUUCAAACCUACCUUUAAAGGAUCCAAGUAAUAUUCCCGAUCCCUAUGUCAAAGUAAAAUUAGCUGCCCCCGGAGCCCACAGAGUUAAGAACAAAACUAAAGUAGUAAUAAAUUUAAAUACCUUCGAAAGUCUUCACGAACCAUGCCGAGAAUGGUAUGAAUUGGCUCAUGCGGAGGAUUCAGACUAGCAGUGCCUGAAAUGUGCUAUUUGUUAAAUGUACAUGUAUAUUUGCUAUAUUUUUAUGUAGAUAUAACAUAUAAUUUUUAGAAAUUGUAUUUACAACAACCUUUAACGUCCCUGUUACUAAAUGAGUAAAUAAAAUUGUAUAUGGUU